AUGGCGAUUUCUCCUGUAACGAUUAUCAAGAGAGAAGACUAUAGUAACAUGAAGGAAGUUAUGACAACAUGUGGUAGUCUUUCUACUAGCAGUCGCUUUGAAGUACGUUUGUGGGAGAAGCUAUACCCGCACGGAGACGUUUAUAGUCCACGCACAGGUCACACAGUCACUAGCCAAAAUGACAGAGUGUAUGUCUUUGGUGGCACAGAUCGUAGACGUCGACAACAGGAUUUGUAUCAAUUGGACUUGGAAUCAGGCACAUGGUCACAAGUACAGACACGUGGGACACUUCCACCAAGACGUUCUGGAGCACUUGGUGUUGUUCAUGAGAGCGACAUGUUCAUUUUUGGUGGAUAUGACGGCCGUGAUGGCAACUACUUUAAUGACCUGUAUUACUUUAAUUUUAAUGACCAGCGAUGGAGUCAGAUGCCUAGCGUACUAGAGGAGCGACCAGAAGCCCGCACCGAUCACAUUAUGGUGCUGCAUUCGUCUACUAUCUAUAUUUUUGGUGGGUAUAAUGGCUCGAGUCGCUUUAACGACUUGUGUGGGUAUGACAUUCAAGCUCAAUGUUGGACCCAACUGGAGGCAUCUGGCGCUGUUCCAUCCAGACGAUUCGGACACAGUGGUGUUGUCCAUACUGAGACUAAUCGACUGAUUAUUUUUGGAGGAUGGGAUGGACGUGACACACUUAAUGAUCUGUACGAGUAUAACUUUGUUUUAAACCAGUGGAGACAACUUGAGUCGCACGGUGUUAGCCCGCCUCACCGAUACCGCCAUACAGCUGUGAUAUUUGGAGACAAUAUGUUUGUCUUUGGCGGAGUUGAUAAGACACACAGUCGUUUUAAUGACUUGCAGCGUCUUGACUUAUUGACUAACACGUGGAGCGAAGUUUGUACAACUGGAAGCGUUCCGAGUAGCCGCACUUUUCACCGAGCAGUGGUCGUGGGCAGUAAAAUGUACGUGUUAGGCGGAUACGAUGGAACUGACCGAUUGCAGGAUUUGUACUCGAUCGAUAUUGGAGCUCUUACACCACCAUCGCUGCUGGAAAUCUGUGCUGACUACGUUCGAGCGAAUUUGGAUACGGUGCUCGAGACAACGACAUUCAAGGGCGUUCCACAAGAUCUCAUUGAUCAUGUAGUAUUCAAGCGCGAUCUGGAUGGGCGACUUCUGGGGAAGUGCAAACUCUGUCGACCAGGCAGAUGCUGUGUUUACCGAAUGCAGAAGAUGGAGCCGUGCCCGCAGGAAGACCAUGAGCUUUCGCAAGCAAAUUUAUGCGGCUGUGCAUGUGGUCACUCGACAAUCCACCAUGAAGUGAUAGAGGAAUCAACUCUCUAUGGCAAAAAGCCAAUUGGAUUGACAUCAACAAAAGUGCUGAUGCUCUGCGGUUCCAUCUACAAGCGUCUCUUCGACUCAACGGCAUCUACGUCGUCGGCCUCAUCACUUCUAUCAACUCCGUAUAGUCACUACUCCGAUGACAGCUCGAAUAAAGAGAAAGAAUGCCUAGCAUAG